UGAAAAAGUCAAAACUUGGUCAAGUAGGACCCACUGAAAUGUGAAUUACGGGUCACGACAAAUUCAUGGCCAAAUCCCCAACUGCUCGACAGAUUAUGGCGACCCUUUCGUUAUCCUGUUUCGAUCUCUCUUCCAUCGGCCGGAGCGACAAUCGCCGCCGUUACCUCCACCGAUUCAGGCGACAAGGGAAAUCAGAAGCCUCGUGGGCCUUAAGCCGGCGGAAUAUGGUCGCGGUGAAGUCCGUCACAGCGUUUUACGGUGGCAAUAAGGAGAAGGGUUCGAUCUGUACUGCCGACGAGCUUCAUUACGUCUCUGUUCCCAACUCUGAUUGGAAGCUCGCUCUCUGGCGGUACAACCCUUCUCUUCAGGCGGCAUCCAGAAAUCAUCCGCUUCUGCUGUUGUCAGGGGUUGGGAGCAACGCUCUUGGAUAUGACCUUUCCCCACAGUCCUCAUUUGCUCGCUACAUGUCGAACCAAGGAUACGACACUUGGAUUCUUGAGGUUCGAGGAUCGGGACUGAGCACUCACAGAGUAGAAAGGAAGGAUACUACUGGUCAGAUAAGGUCAGAAACUCCGGACAAACAGCCAUUAGCUAAGAUUGGAACAUAUUCCAGCUCUGAGGGUUCCAGCAUUUCUUCAAAACAUGGACAGGAAUCUACCAUUGCUACUCAACUUGGGAACUGGAAUAAGAAUCUUAUCAAUAUCAUUGAAGGAGCUCAACAACUGGGUCCAUUGAAGCCUUUUAAUUUACAAGGUGUUACCUCUGCAUUAGAGGACUUCCAGGAACAACUUGAUGUGUAUGAGAAGUAUGACUGGGACUUCGACCACUACUUGGAAGAAGAUGUACCCGCUGCGAUGGAGUACAUAAGGAACCAAUCCAAACCGAAUGAUGGCAAGUUACUAGCUAUCGGCCACUCGAUGGGGGGUAUCUUGCUAUAUGCAACGAUCUCGCGCUGUAGCUUUAACAAAGUCGACCCGCAGUUGGCAUCAGUUGUUACGUUGGCUUCAUCGCUCGACUACAGACCUUCAAACUCAUCACUCAGACUUCUGUUACCUUUGAGAGAUCCCGCACAAGCUUUUAAUGUUCCCGUGUUUCCCAUCGGACCAUUGCUUGCUAUCGCUCAUCCGCUUGCAUCCCGUCCUCCUUAUCUCCUGUAUUGGCUAAAGGAUCAAAUUUCUGUAGAAGACAUGUUAGAUCCCACCUUGCUCGAGAAGCUGGUGUUGAAUGGCUUUGAAUCUGUGCCGGCAAAGGUUCUCCUGCAGCUAUCAUCAGUUUUCGAAGAGGGGGGCUUACGUGACAGGAACGGGACGUUCCAGUACAACGACCAUCUAUGCCAAACCAAUGUUCCAAUCCUUGCCAUUGCUGGAGACCAAGACCCCAUUUGUCCACCUGAAGCGGUAUACGAAACUGUGAAAGGAAUUCCCAGGGAGUUUGUUUCCUACAGAGUUCUUGGGAAGCCUGGUGGUCCUCACUAUUCCCACUAUGAUCUUGUGGGAAGUCGUUUGGCAUCGAGUGAAGUGUAUCCGUUGAUAACUGAUUUUCUCAACCGUCAUGAUGUGGCUUGAUUUCACCAUACUAUUCUACUAUUCAACUCCGCUAGGUAUAUACAUUCGUCGGUAGAUAUCAGGAACAGGAGUAUACGUAUAGCUUCCACGAUAAAGUAUACACAGAUUUCCUUCCUAAGUUCCACUGUAUACACAAUUGACAGACAUACAACCCUGUGGGGGAUAGUUUCUGAAGUAGAUUACUGGAUUCAAAAGUUCUAGGUUGUGUUAAUUGAUAUCUUUAUCUCAACUUCUGGAAAUAUUUCUUCA